AUGGACUACGUGGAGCAGCGCAUGGCCCAAGAGGCUCAAAAGGCCGACGUCGCCUCUGCCGUGGCCACCCUCGUCACCCCCCUCAACGCCCUCCUCGCCGCCAUCGUCCUCUACACCCUCUACAGCAUUCUCCGCCCGACGCAGCCGCCGUCGUUCCCCAAAGACCCGCCGGCCACCGUCUUCCGCACCUACACGCCCCAUACCCUCCGGCCCUUUGACGGCCAGGACGGUCGCCCCGUGUUUUUGGCCGUCCGUGGCCGCGUCUUUGACGUCUCGUCUGGCCGCAACUUUUAUGGCCCUGGCGGCCCCUACGAGAACUUUGCCGGCCGCGAUGCGAGCCGCGGCCUGGCGUCGCACUCGUUUGACGAGUCCAUGCUGACCAAGGACCUCGACGGGCCGCUAGACCCGCUGGACGACCUGACGGCCGAGCAGCUGGAUGCCCUGCAGGGCUGGGAGGAGCGCUUUGACGGCAAGUACCUGGUCGUGGGCCGGCUGGUGUCGGUGGCCGACUUUGCGACGGAGAAGAAAGAGAACAAGUGA